AUGCUCCUGCUGUGUACUGUGAUCUUUGGUGAGUUGCUUAUGAUGUUAUAUUUAAAAACUAACUGCCAUGUUUUAAAAUGUGAAGCGCCUUAACACUAGGAUAAUAGGGGUAGUCAAAAAUGUUAUCUUAACAACUCCUCAACUAACUGUAAAAUGGUCACCUGCUUACGUUGACGUAACAUUACAUAUAAUGCAACAUUGAGAUUUUACCAGUGAUCCUGUUUGGUCUUAUGGCAUUUUAACAUAAAGUGAGGGAUAUUUUCACAAAUAUGUAUUUUUUUGAUAUGACGAAAAUGAAAAUGUUUAAACUGAGCUGCAGAGCAGUUUUCCCCAUGCAUUGAGGCACAGGCCUACUAUAAAAAGAGGGGAAAUGAUUACUGUACAAUUCUAUCCAUUCAUUGAUGCAAUUGUGUAUUCGACAAUAUAAGGGGUGAGAAAAUAAGUCAGUAAAUCACAGAGACCAUGUUAGUACAGUAGGAUGAUAAUACUAGCAAAGCAAAGCAUGCCCCUUCCCCCUUUCUUAAUUUAACUCUAUUGUGAAAUGUCCCACCAUGUCACAUUGUGCCAGACUGCCCGGCAACAAACAGCUGGACAGAGAGUAAUUAUAAUUAUAAUUAAAAACAAAUUUGCAUUUUAUUUAAUUUCAUUGAUAAUUGAAUGUACUGUGAACACAAUGUUCUUCCUCCAUAGCGUUACUUUAGGAUGUAGUUUUAACCAGGAGUGGUUAUCUGUUGGAUGCUAUGUGUUACUUCUGUUCUGUUAUUGUGUGGUGCUACUAUUUUUACUUGUACAAUAUCUUCUUCACAUCUACCAGACAGUCACAUUGUUGCACUACAGGGCUUUAACAUUUGAUAUAGCUCAUUCUUCUCUACUACCUCAUCCCAACAGGCUUGUGGAGGGACACCCAUGGUGUGUCGCCCGUGCCCUCUGUCCCAAACCUUGUCCCUGCCUUGGCAGGCUCCUGCGUGGUCAUCCCCUGCUCCUUCACUCCUCCAGCCUCUCACUCCGUCCUGGGCAGGCAGGGAAGUGAGGUGGGCGUGAUGCUGCGCUACAGGACUACAGGUUACAUCUUCCCCCUGCGGAGUACAGCUUUCAGUACAGAUGACAAAUUCAAAGUCAGCAAGGAGUUCCUGGGCCGGACAUCCUUAUGGGGAAACACGGACGAUGGAGACUGCUCUGUAAUGAUUGACAGGGUCCACCUGGCUGACUCCUAUGUCUAUGAGCUGGCGCUGAAGGGCCGUGGACAGAAAGACUGGGGGGAGGCGAGGAGUGUCGGCCUCGUUGUGUCAGGUGAGAGGGAUCCCAUCUCACAGAACUACAUACACUUGAGUGUACCAAACAUUUGGAACACCUUCCUAAUAUUGAGUUGCACCCUUCCUUUUGCCCUCAGAACAGUCUCAAUUCGUCGGGGCAUGGACUCUACAAGGUGUCCGAAAGCGUUCCCACAGGGAUGCUGGCCCAUGUUGACUCCAAUGCUUCCCACAGUUGUGUCAAGUUGGCUGGAUGUACUUUGGGUGGUGGACCAUUCUUGACACACAUGGGAAACUGUUGAGUGUGAAAAACCCAGCAGCGUUGCAGUUCUUCACACAAACCGCCUGGCACCUACUACAAUACCCCGUUCAAAUGCACUUAAAGCUUGUGUCUUGCCCAUUCACCCUCUGAAUGGUACACAUACACGAUCCAUGUCUCAAUUGUCUCAAGGCUAAAAAUCAACUUGUUAACCUGUCUCCUCCCCUUCAUCUACCACUGAUUGAAGUGGAUUUUAACAGGCGAUUUCAAUAAGGGAUCAUAGCUUUCGCCUGGAUUCACCUGGUCAGUCUAUGUAAUGAAAGAGCAGGUUCUUAAUGUUUUGUAUCCUCAGUGGUAUCUAUUGUUAUUUAUCAGGAUCUCUGUGUCUCAUCUCUUAUUAUAUAGUAGAGAUGAAAGAACUGCUAUCCUUUUCGUGUUAUAUAAGAUAGUUAUUUUAUAUGCUCAGUUAAUACACCAAUCUAUACCAUUUUUAUACAACCUGAGUGAUAUCCCUAAUGCUAAUGGACUAAAUCAAACAAAAUAUUACUUUAUUCCUCAUUUAGACUAUGUUCAUCAGGUCAGUUCUUAUCUCUCUUUGUCCCCCUCACGACAGACUCCCCAGAACCCCAGUGAUCAGCGGUGUGGGGAGCGCGAAAGGACAGGUGGUUUCACUAAACUGCAGCAUCAGUUUACUCCUGUCCUCCCAGGCCCCCACCCUCCAGUGGCGGUGGGAGAGAGGAGCCCAGGAGAACAACAGCGAGUACGGGAGCCGCAGGUACUCCAAGCCAGGGCCAGAGGCCUACACUACGGGCCUCUCUCACCUUUACCGCAUCGUACCGCAUCAAACCCAGAAUGAGGUGUGA